UCGUGAAAGAGGGGGACGUGGGGAGGAGGCUCUGCGCCACCGAGAGGGAGAAGGGAGGGCGCUCAAUCCCAGCCCAGAGCUUCAAAACAGCCCGGCUACUUCGCCUCGCGCCCCGGCCCGUCCGUCAGUCCCGCCGCCGGUGCCCCCACAUCUCUCUCUCUCCCUCGCCCUACCGUGCCCUGUGAAAAUGUUGGUGCUUCUGGCUUUCAUCAUCAUCUUCCACAUCACCUCCGCGGCCUUGCUUUUCAUCGCCACCAUCGACAAUGCCUGGUGGGUAGGAGAAGGAUUUUUUGCAGAUGUCUGGAAAGUCUGCGUCAACAACUCAAAUUGUACAGAAAUCGGUGACAACUAUUCAAAUUACUCCACGAUGCAGGCAGUCCAGGCCACCAUGAUCCUGUCCACCAUUCUGUGCUGCAUUGCCUUUCUGAUCUUCUUGCUCCAGCUCUUCCGCCUCAAGCAGGGAGAGAGGUUUGUUUUAACCUCCAUCAUCCAGCUCAUGUCAUGUCUGUGUGUCAUGAUUGCAGCUUCCAUCUACACAGACCGACGGGAAGAUCUUCACGAGGGAAACGCCUAUCUCUAUAGCCAGACCUCGGAUGGCAGUUAUGGCUACUCCUUCAUCCUGGCGUGGGUGGCCUUUGCAUUCACCUUUAUCAGCGGCCUCAUGUACCUGAUACUGAGGAAGCGCAAAUAGACGCCAGAAGCUCAGUUGAUUUCACCGCAGUACAAAAUCCACAUUCAGAUAACCAUUUUGUAUAUAAUCAUUUUUUUUGUGGUUUUUCUAGCAAACAUACUGUUUCCUUUAAAAGCCAAAAAAAGAGAAGAGUUUUUGCAUUCUUGAGAUCAGAGGAUAGACUAUGAAAGCUGGAAUUCAGAACUCCUGCCCAUCCUAAGGCCUCAACAACACAAAGCCAAAAAUCCAGCAGUGCUCAAAUCCAAAAAUGUUCAGCAGGAUGUUUCUUAACCACAGAGAUGUGAUGGGGUAACAAGAGACCAAGAAAGCCAGGUCUGGGGCGUGUCUUCCCCUAGGUUUGGGCCACACCAAGCUCCUUUCACCUCAGCUUCCCUUCCCGAAUCUCUUGGUGUUGGUGGUGGAAGGUGGGCCGUGGUAGGGGGGUAACAGGUGAGGGAUGAAACCUCAGGUAUUUAGCAAAGUUCCAUGUGAAUAACACGUACGGACCCUGCUGUUCUGUCUAUAUCCAGACCAUAGCCCCUAAUUGCCUAGAGUGGGCUGGGUCCAGAAAACUCCACCCAAAUUUGCAGAUAACAUCACCUGCUUGCCUUAGGGAAGUGAGGGGAGCAGUGGUCAGACGUGGGCUCACCCUGAGGCAAAGACUUUCAACCUGGGAUCACUAGCACAUCUCGUAAAAUGCAGACUAUCAGGUCCCCUCCCCAACCCUACCCCAAACCUACAAAAUCACAGUCUUCAGGGAUGGAGCCUGGAAGCCUACAUUUCUAACAAGCUCCUCUGUGAUGCUCAUAUGCCUUAAAGUCAAGGACCACAGCCCCUGGGCGAAGGGAGCAGAGCUGCCUAACAAAUGUGAAGGAUCUCAUCAUAUCAAGCUAGGGAGGUGGGUCUAGACCCCACUGCAGACCAAAGUCCUGGUCUCCAUCAGCUCUUGAUCCUUCACUGUCUCUUCCACAGCUGUUCUCAUCUGGAUCACCAGAACUCCAGUCCCAGGCCACACACCCCAAUAGCCAGCCACCCUGGGGAGCGCAGCCUUCUUAUAACCCUAAGUCAGAGGACCUCUCCCUUCUCUUCCUGCCCUGCCUAUUAAACUGGCUGGGCUUUACUAACCCCCUUUCUAGAGCCUCAGAGGACCCAUCCACCAUUCAUUCAUUCAGUCCUUCCUUCCUUCCUUCCUUCCUUCCUUCCUUCCUUCCUUCCUUCCUUCCUUCCUUCAUCAGCGAAAGUUAUGGAAUGCUUGUAUGUGCCAGGCAUGGAGAUACCAUGUUGAGAUAAUCUUAUUGGGCUCAUUGUUUAAUGGAGGAGAGAUUAAAAACUAAUUAGGAAAACUAAUUGAAAACUGAUGAAGGCUGCAAAGAAUGCAACCAAGGAUUGAAAAUCGAGGCUGGUGGGGUGGGAGGGAACAUGCUGCGUGCCUGCCUAUCUUUAAAUUCUGCAGGAGGCAUGGAGGUCAGCCUAAAUAGCACUCACUCAGCCCCUACGGAUGGCAUUUGCUGGGCAGCAUCAUCUGUUCUGCCAAGAGAACAUUUACUUCCGUGGAGCAUCCCUGGGUCCCGACAGCCAUUGAAGCAGAGGAACUCGUAUUGCCAUAGUGCUCACUUUAAUGGGCAUCAGCCUUGCCAGGGUCUGGGUGGGCGAACACUCCAGACAAUUCUGAGACCAUGCUGAGAAAGUCAGCUUUGGGGAGUUUGUCUUUAGGUGUAAGAGCACCAUGAGAUGUGGGGCUCUGUUGGGGACCCUGGGAAGUGCCCUACUGAAGAAGCUGUUUGCACCUCACUGCCUUUUCCCUCUGGUGUUUUGAGCAUGCUGCUGAGGAGUCAUGCCUGGGCUGGCGUGCGACCUCGGCCAUGUCUCAGAGCUCGGGUGCUACUUCAAUGUUUCUGCACUUGACCUGCUGAGUGGCAUGAUGUCAGCCCAGUUCCACUGUAGCUGGGGAGGCAUCUGUUUUGAAUAGUAUUAGGGCCACUGUGGACUCCUCUUCAGUGCAGGAUUUGAUUUUUCUGUCCAUUUACUCAUUCAUUCAUUUAUCAUUUGUUCAUUUGCAACAGAGGACUCCAUGCCUACUAUGCUCCAGGCACUGUGUGAAGCUCUGAAAACACAGGAGGGAGUAAACCCAGACAUCCUCCCUGAGACAGGACACCCUCUCCACAGAGAGGCCACUGGCACAGUGCAGGGUGACACUGGGCCAAUGACAAGACUGAUGGCCACCUCCUGGCAGACUCAUUAGGCAUGUGGUGGUUAGGAGCAUGUCACACCCUUGGGGUUUGCAGGAUGCUCCAUGAGGCCUCUGGAGGAAGGUGGGUCUCUCAUGCCCCAAGCUUUCUACCCAGCGGGCUUUUCUAUAGUUUCCUGGUGGCCACAAUGGAAAACAAACAACCCUCAGAACCAGCUAUAUGGAAAGCCUAAUCCCUAAUCAGUGCAUGAAUUUCCUUCUCCAAAGCUUCAGGGGUGCUUGAGAAUCUGAAAUGACCCCGUGGAUUUUCCUGGCCAGUUGCCACUACUGUGUAGCAUUCAGCUUCCACAGUCAUUGCGAUGCUGAGAUUUUGUGAAACGUGAGCGCUGCCUCCCUGCAUUGGGGAGGUGGGGAAGGUGAGGCUGUGAGGGAGAAAACACCCAAAUUUUUUACCUGUAGGCAGAAUCAGCCCUCACUUGGUGCUUACUAUCAGUUAUUCAAGAACAACAAAUAAAAUUAACUGAGACAUCCAAGAAGCAAACAUUAGGGCCAAAUAUAUUACUGGUAACAACUGUAUUUGAAGGAGCUGUAGUUUGCGCAUGUUAGGACAUUUUUAUACAGUACUGUAAUUCUUUCAUUGAGGGGCUAUGGAUGGAGACAGACUAACUCGUUUUGUUAUUUGCAUUAAAAUUACUUUGGGUCUCUGUUCAAAUGAGUUUGGAAAAUUGAUUUGUUGCUCUGAGUGAAUGUAGAUAUUUAUACCUGAAUACAGGAAAAUCGGAGACUUCCCCCACUCCUCCAUGCUCUGCUACAGGUUAUUUGCCUGUGUGCAUCCCUAAUCAACAGGCUGGGGUCCUGGGAUGCUCUGUAUUACUAAUGAUGAGGACACCUGGACCCCCAUGCCUGUAUGUAGACACACUAAACACAGUAGGUUAGAUAGGAGCUGUAGCAUCAUUUAAAAUCUGCCUGGGUGGGGAAUUACUAAACUCGCUAAUGAUUCAAAGGCUACUUACCAUACAGUGCAUUGGACAGUUUUGUAUACCGGGGGAGCGGUGGUGAUCGGGAAAUGCAGGGAAAGGCCUAGAGGUUAAGUUUGGAUCUUGGUUUGUGGACAAAUGUGAUUCUUAGGGUAGUUAGAUACUUUCUACUUAAUGUGCCUUAAAAAUAGUACAUUUUCUAUGUUUUGUAUAAUCUGAAACUGUACAUGAAAAAUAAAGUUUAAGACCAAAGAACCCA